AACUAUUAAAAGUCUAACAGCACCCCGUUUUUCGGUUAGGGCUCCGAUUGUUACCCUGUAACGACCCUUCCGCGUUUAGGAACAAAGGUGCCAGUGCAACGCGGUGCAUAGUGACCGAUGUGCGGAGUUUACAGUGUCGGAUCUGCAAGAAUUUAACGUCCCGACAGUUAUACUUUCCGUUUAUUAAUGCACAAACAUGUGAGAGUGAGGAAAAAAUAUGGGAUCUCUUAGUAGCUUAGGGAGAAGAGGAUGAAGUAAAAAUGUAGCCGUCCCCCAACCGACAGCAUGUCAUCGCCGUCGCCAGACCCCCAGAAGGUAGAGCACGCAUACCCGUCCAGCGAGGCAAGCGACCACGGCCUCCUCAGUCAUGCCCCCCACGCCUGCACGUGUUCCGAAAAACUUAACGUUCUAGAAGCCCCGAAGACUGAGCUCGCUCACUCCCACUGCGUUUCGAAACCCAAUCUUCACCACGUCAUCAACCUCAGCCAUGCGCCGACGUCCACCAGCCACAUCCACCCCAUCAGCCAGUCAGUGCACGUGCACGUCCAUCCCUCGCCAAAGACAGGGCAGAUGCCCAAAAUGGUAUCGCCUUCCUGCACCUGUCACAUUCAGGAAGAGUGCGAGAAUAUCGGGGAUAUGGACUCGGGGCAGCAAAAUAGGAAGAUGGAGGAGGACAGGAUAGAAGUGUCUCCUCUGCCUCCUGCUUUACCACCGAGGCCGCCGCCUAGACCUAGGUAUGACGGCAGUGGCAGUCUUAACUCAAGAUGUCGACCGAGAACUCCAAAUCCAAAUAGCGGCGGAAUUAGAAAAUAUGUAUUUUGGUGUUGUGCUUGUGGAGGAUUAGCCACCGUAUUAGGAGCCUUAUUCUUAGCAGUGUAUUUUUUACUAAGAUCGUAUACGUCUACUCUUGGGUAUUUUGAGACUAUACCUACUUUCGUGCCUGCAACUAUGUUAAUAUUGACGGGAAUUUGUGUAAUGAGCUUAGCUAGAAGAAAAAACAGAUACAGCUACUUGAUAAAAGUAUGUGGAUUGUGUUGCCUGGUUUGUGCCUUAACUUGUGUACUGGUAACCAUUACGACGACAGUUAUCCAUAUGAACAGACUGCAAACCUUACGGGAAUGCGUUUAUACUCAGAAGACCAGAACAUGCACCUGCUACUCAGUUUUGCUUGAGGCUCACUCCAACACAGAUGACGGGAUGAGAUAUGUUUUCGAUUCGACGCCGGACUGUGAAGUUAUACAUGGAGCUCUUUACUCUUGCCUAAGGGCCAUGUUUGGACUAUCUGUUAGUGGAAUUUUGGUUUGCAUCUUUUCAUGUAUGUUAGUCUACCAGCUUCUCAGCCACGAAAAAAAGAAAAUGUAUUGGGAACAGCUGGAGCUCAGAUGUAGAUCGUUUUAUCAGCAACAGUCUGGCCCUUCGAGCAACCAUGGUUCUAUAAGAGGCCCGCAGAUGCCGCCCACAACCUACUGCAGCUGUUGCGAGGAAUGUCGAUUUCCUUCCGUCCCUGCAGGACCCCAGGUUUAUCCAUGGGAUAAUCACCAUCCAAAUGAGAGGUUUUGGGCGCCAGGACGUAUAGGAAACUUUUACUCCCCAAAUCCUGGAGAAGAGGCAGUUGCCCCAUCGAAUUCUGAUGGGCAAAGUAGGAGAGCCCUAAGCGGAUGGAGUUGGAGGAGAUUACCUUGGAGCAGGGGAAAUUUGGGACAGACAGAAACGCAAAGAGAUAAUUCUCUAACAUAUCAAGGAGGUGUAAGCAGUGCAGACAGCCAAUACGGAUUCAGCAACAGGUCUGGAGGUGAUAACGUUCUCCAGACGGAUCAAAUGACAGGCUCCACUGGGUCAUACAGCAUAUUAGACAAUCGAGCACCUGUUGGUGGGGUAUAUGUUUGGGGACCACCUCCCCCUUAUUCCAACCCAAAUUCACCAGCUAGACGGCAGUUACAGUCCCCUGGAAGGUACCACCACAUGCAUCACCACAACCACGGACACGAGUCCCAUUGUCAGAUGAACGAAAACAAUCAGUUUAGAGGUUCGCGCAGGCCCAGGACUCAACUCAACAAUAAAGAUAACUACGAGAAUACAACGGAACCAGAAAUCCAUCAACCCAACGACAACAGUGAAAGUACUGACACUUCCAGUUGUGUUGAUAGAGUAUCCCACACUCUGCCCGUGCGGAAAAUUAAGAAAAGAACUGACAUGGCCUCUGUGAAGUCGAAUGCUCAGCCCUGCAGUAACCGCACAAACGUGCAGAAUAUAUUUAACCAAAACGGCCAAGACGAGGGUAAGCCGGAAUCGGAUCAUGAUUACCACGAAGCAAGUGUACCUGAUAAUAACAAACCAAAUUUAGAAGCACAAAAGUGCCGCUUCUUGCCAAGACUGCAAGGCGUAGAAAACGCGGCCUUUCAGAAACAAGAGAAUAGUCCCCAGAAAGUAGAAACAACUGAAUCCGAAGUAUAUUUUGCUGACGUAAGCAGUUGCUGUAAUAUAUCAGUAAGGAACGACGGUCUAGACUCAUCUUUGUAUGACGAAGCAUUAGACACACAGAAACCGAGGUUAAUGUCACUACAGAAAUCUGACAAUGGUGAUAUUACCACGAAUCAAUUGUUACAGAAUUUCCAAGAGAAUAUAUCAUCAUCGACGGUGACAGAGGACGAGGAUUACUUGGCGCAUAGGAUGGGAAACAGACAAAUGUCCACCAGAAGCAGGAUGCCUUUUCCUUUACCUAGCUCAGAUGAACUAGCCGAAUUCACAACAGAUUCGUGUAUGCAACUGUUACCUAAAGACAUUUCACAGAACAGUUUAUGCAGUAGUGUCCAAACUCCUCUUACGGAAACAACAGAUGACACUGUAUCUCCAGAUGAAUGCUGCGGGAGCUAUUUUCAAGAGAAAUCAAUGGAACAAACUUCAAAACAGCGGGGGUUCUCGAAUUCCACUUUAGAUCAAUAUUUGGCUCCAGAUGCUCAAUACGAAGUGAUUCCUGAGCAAGACAACUUCAGGCCUAACCCAAGUAACUUGACAAAUACCAUCUCAGGCCUAAAUAAUUUUGAACAGAGUUAUUACAAUCAGAACAAAUCAAACUUUAAUUUUAACACAUCUAAUCCCAAAAAUAUUCCACCAAAGACGCUAAACUUAAAUCAACAGGCCAGAAGAAAUAUCGGCUCGAACAUUUCAGCUCUGAUUCAGAAUUUGGGGGGUAAUCCAGCAGGGUUGCUCUACGGAGAUGCCAAUACAGAAGAUGAGCUCCAAGGACAGGGUUGUCACAGCGAUGGAACAAUGGAUUCAGGGUGGCAAAGCGGUUCUGAAAAAACGGACAAUAGAAAGCAGGAAUCUAGUGAUGCUACUCACAAACCCGUUAAUGUUUAGUUCAAGUAUGAGGUGUAAUUUACAAAUGAAUGGUUGCUAUAAUAUAGUGAUACCUUUGAUUAAUUUAUCCCUGAAAUGUAUCUUUUUAAAUGGCACAGAUUGCUUUAUGCAGAGGAAUUUUCUUAGAAAAAUGAUUCGAACUUCUAAAUGAUAGUUUCUUAAAAAAGGAUUAAAGAAAAUGGAAAAUGGAAAUUUCUAUUUUGAAACAUAUUUUAUUUGCUCGUUUCAUAACAUCUCAAACAUAUGUUUAAACACUAUUUUUAGCAAGUUCGUGAUUGUAUACUUUAUAUAUAUUUAUAGAGUUAUAGUGUAUGUACUGCAAAA